CCGGCACGGGCAGGUUUUCCAGCCCCUAACCCGGAUAACGCUUUAUUUGACGGGUACUUGAACCAUCAACUGCACCCUUUUCUGACACCAAAUUUCCUUUAGGCAUAUUACCUCAAUUUCUCCAUCUAAACUUUCAAAAACUAUAGCCUCUAGGCCAGGCGAAGAUGCCGCCCAAGAAGGGCGAGGACCGCAAGGGCGGCGAGGAGACGCUUACGCGUAUUGCUAUCGUCAGUGAGGACAAGUGUAAGCCGAAGAAGUGCCGCCAGGAGUGCAAGAAGAGCUGUCCUGUCGUGAAAGUCGGCAAGCUUUGCAUUGAGGUGGUUCCAACUUCCAAGAUUGCUUGGAUUUCGGAGGAGCUAUGCAUUGGUUGCGGUAUCUGCGUCAAGAAAUGCCCGUUCGAGGCGAUCAUGAUCAUCAACCUGCCCAAGAACCUGGAGAAGGAGACCACCCACCGCUACGGACCCAACUCCUUCAAGCUGCACAGGCUGCCCAUGCCCCGCCCCGGCCAGGUCCUGGGUCUGGUGGGCACCAACGGUAUCGGCAAGUCCACCGCACUCAAGGUGCUGGCGGGCAAGCUUAAACCCAACCUGGGCCGCUUCACGGACCCCCCUGACUGGCAGGAGAUCCUGACCUACUUCCGCGGCUCCGAGCUGCAGAACUACUUCACCCGCGUGCUGGAGGACAACCUGAAGGCGAUCAUCAAGCCGCAGUACGUGGACCACAUCCCCAAGGCUGUCCGCGGCAACGUGUUGACGGUGCUGGAGCAGAAGGACCAGCGCGACGUGAAGGCCAUGCUGCUGAAGGACCUGGACCUGGAGCAGGUUACCGACCGCAACGUGGAGAACCUGUCGGGCGGGGAGCUGCAGCGUUUCGCCAUCGCAGUGGUGGCCUGCCAGCAGGCGGACGUGUACAUGCUGGACGAGCCGUCAUCCUACCUGGAUGUACGGCAGAGGCUCAAGGCGGCGCAGGUGAUCCGCUCGCUGCUGGACGUGGACAAGUUUGUCAUCGUGGUGGAGCACGACCUGUCGGUGCUGGACUACCUGUCCGACUUCAUCUGCUGCCUGUACGGCAAGCCGGGAGCGUACGGCGUCGUCACGCUGCCCUUCAGCGUCAGGGAGGGCAUCAACAUCUUCCUGGCGGGUUUCGUGCCCACUGAGAACCUGAGGUUCCGCGAGGAGUCGCUCACCUUCAAGGUGAACGAGCAGACGGAGGGCGUGGAGGUGGUCAAGAAGUUCAGCCGCUACAAGUACCCCAAGCUCAAGAAGACGCAGGGCAACUUCACGCUGGAGGUGGAGGCUGGCGAGUUCACGGACAGCGAGAUCCUGGUGAUGCUGGGGGAGAACGGCACCGGCAAGACCACCUUCAUCCGCAUGCUGGCGGGCGCCCUUGCCUCUGACCUGGCCGAGGGCGAGGAGGGCGAGCCCGCGGAGCUGCCGCAGUUCAACGUGAGCUACAAGCCGCAGAAGAUCUCGCCCAAGUUCGAGGGCACGGUACGGCAGCUGCUGCACAAGCGCAUCCGCGAGUCGUACAUCCACCCGCAGUUCAACGCGGACGUGAUGAAGCCGCUGUCCAUCGAGGCGCUGAUGGACCAGGAGGUGCAGAACCUGUCGGGUGGCGAGCUGCAGCGAGUGGCCAUCACGCUGGCGCUGGGGCAGCCGGCCGACAUCUACCUCAUCGACGAGCCCUCCGCCUACCUGGACAGCGAGCAGCGCAUCCUGGCGGCAAAGGUCAUCAAGCGCUUCAUCAUGCACAGCAAGAAGACCGCCUUCAUCGUGGAGCACGACUUCAUCAUGGCCACCUACAUGGCGGACCGGGUCAUCGUGUACGAGGGAGAGCCGUCCAAGCGCGCAUUCGCACGCGCACCGCAGGCGCUGCAGAGCGGCAUGAACCAGUUCCUGCGCAACCUGGACAUCACCUUCCGCCGCGACCCUACCAACUACCGCCCGCGCAUCAACAAGUGGGGAUCCACCAAGGACCGCGAGCAGAAGGAGGCGGGCACCUUUUACUACAUCGGAGACGACUAGACGCGCGCAGGGGUGCCCAGGGGACGCGAGGGCGGCAGAUGCAGGGGGUGCAGGGACGCUUUGCUCGCGGGUGCAGGUUCUCAGUGAGGGUUGUCGGCCGAGUUGUGCGUGUUGCGCACGACUGGGAGCCGCAGACGCACGAAGGGCGAUCUGGCGCAGGUACAUGCAGCAGGGGUGUGUGUGGAGAUGGGGAGGUGCUGGAGGGCGGUGCUGGAGGCAGGGCCGUACAGCAGCACUACCGCAGCUGGGUCUCACCUGCAAUGGGACUGCUGUCGGGUGUAGUGGUCCGACACACCAAGCCGCCGUAGGCUGUGUGGUAGCCGGUUGGCGCGGUCCUUAGGACACAUUUGCGGGCGGGUUCAGAGGGCUUGGCGUGUGCCUUGGGAGACAUGGUGCCCUUGCGGGGGUGGAGGAGCAUCUCGGCAUCGCUGCCCAUGUGAGGGAGUUUCCGCUCCGCAGCUUGCUUCCCCUUCCCCCUCCCCUUGCAAGACGUCAUGUUCGGCCAGAACUGGGCGUUUCCCCUACUCGGUUCGGCUGGGGAGUGUUGAUGCCGGGGUCAUCUCGGAGGGCUCGUAGGGGGUGUAUAAGGGGCUCAUGGGUCCAGCAAGUUUCUUGCGUGUCGUGUUUUUUACCCAGCCGCGAGCGGGAGGGAUGAGGGGAAGGGAGGGAGGGAAGUGGGCGCCUUGCCGCACUGGUUUGACGUUCUGCAAUCUGGUUAGGGUGAGGGCUUGGAGGAGGCGUUACUAUGAGCCCCCUAGGGACGCUAUAGCUCUCGGAAACGCCGGCACUGCUUGUACGUAUCGCCAGCAGUAUCGCGAAAUUUGAGUUGAAAUUCAGGUUUAAGGGGCCCACAUUUGCCUAGGACAACGUAUGAGGACUGCUGUGUGUGUUAGUUGGGUUGCACUGUGGGUGAACAAGAAGGGGUCUGUCCAGGGGUACCGUGAGACAUGUGGGGAAUGGAACUAGGGGGUGCUGCGAACACGUAGAUGGGCACAUGGGGAGUCGUCGUGCUCCCGGAUUGGGGACGCCGGGGGUUGCGGGGGAGGUAGGGAGGGACUGCGUUGGAUCGAGGGCAGGAAGCAACGGGCAACCCAAGGUUUGCGGAGGGCAGGUGGUUGACAUGAUUGACAGUUUUGUGUUCCGUACUGGUGGGCCGGCGUUCGGCGGCGGCUCUUUACUCCAGAGGAGCAGCAGAAGUGAGGGUUGCUAGAGGAUGGAUGGUCCAUAUACCGUAGUUGCGGAUGCAGAAGGGGCCGCCCGUUGGUUGCCCUGUCGUGCAUGAUGAGGACCGGAGCGCGAAUGCGGCGGCGGGUUUGCUAGUGAACAUGAGGGCGAUGCUGGCGGUGUAGCAAGGAAAGCAAGGCCGAUUCGGACCGCAAACUGGUGCUUGGUUUGGUCUGGCCCUGUCGCUAAGCGCAGGUGGGAGUGUGGUUUCGAGCAGGAGGCAGCAACGGUGGCGGAGGAGGACAUGUAAUGAGGGCUCC